GGAACUACCUAUCCUCCUCCAGCUUCCAGGUCUUGUAUUGCCAUCUGACGCUUCACCAGCUGUGAAUUUCAAAGCUGAAUGUACUGCUCACAAAUGGGCUGAUCGUUGUUCAUGCGUGUUCAGGAACGCUUGGGAUUCCGGUCCAUGGUGGCAGAUGGCAAAUUGCUGCAGGCCAAUAAAAAGCUGGAGCUCGUGUUCCUGAAUCACAGUUUUGAUCUUCUGGAGAACUGGAUGUUAGAAGGGAACCAUUUGGGAGAGUGUGUACUCACCAACCGGAAGUUUCAGGAGGUGAGGUUUGACGUAGCAGUGGAGAUUCUUGCAGCUCCUGGAGAGGGUGAUGGCAUUAUCCGAUGGACGGCGUAACACGCUGCUGUCUUUGUCCUCUCGGAAGCCCGAGCUUGCUUGCAGGCAUGGACCAUCAUGUGUGCUUUGUAGUGUGUGUGUGUGUGUGUGUGUGUGUGUGUGUGUGUGUGUGUGUGUGUGUGUGCGCCCCCCUGGGUUCUCGUGAAGAAAAAUAUUGAUUGGUUAUGAGUUGGAAGUUUACAAGGUUGAAUUGGCAGGAGGUGAAUUGAUGCGUUACAAAGGGGGUGUUGCCAGAGAGAGCUGUGUGAGAGUGGUCCAUGUCUGCGUAAACAGGUAGCGAUAAUUGGGUAGAAGUGGUAAGGAGAGGAGUGGGUGGGAGUGAGGCGGGGGGUCAGCGAAAGAGUGAUCAUUAGCAUCUUUUAGUGGUGCAGUUCCAGGUAUGCGCCUGUCUGAAUAUUAAUUCUUUUCUAUGCUGCGAGUAUGGUGGGGGAUGCUCUGUGAGGCAGUGGCUGUCGUGGAGCAGAUGUAGGGGUUGAAGCUUGUGGGAAGCAGCAGCAGCAGCAGCAGCAGAUUAAAUGACACACUGGAUGCGUCUAUGGAGGCCUCUUGAAUGAUUUGGAUGAUGGCAGUGGAAGCGAAAAAGGGGUGAGCGGAGGGAGUGUAGACUGGCGAGGUGGUAGAGCUCUCAACAUCCGGUAUAUAGGAUUAUGACAUGUAGGAAUUGUAGGUGGUCAGUAGCAGGAUUCCUUUGCAUAUUUGUCAUCAUCGACGCACUUGUAUUUUUGUAAGAGUGUUCAGAAAAAAAGGAUAGUCUCUGUUGGGAAAAAAAUGACGGCAGUUGAUUAUGGGGACUUGACUGCUGGCGCGCUGUAGUUUUUCUUAAUUUAGUUUUCCUUGUUAAUUUGAUUCCCAGCCUAUCAUCAGGGACACAGUUAGGUGAAGCGGGGAUUAAUUUUUUACAGAAAUUAUCAUCCAUCCAUUUGAUUUGUGACAAGUUGAAGAAUGUCGUUCGGUGACCCUCAUGUCUGCUCUGCAGCAGUGGCCAUCGAUCUCGAGGAAAGAAUUCGAUCCAUCCAACUAAUCAAUAUCUCAGCACUUC